AUGGAGCAGCUUCUGCAUGAUCUUGAGCAACUGGACGCUUCAAAUACAAUGUCGGGAAUACCAGACCCACCGAGUCCAGUUGCCCCAACUACAAACUCAGAUUCUAAUUCUCGGCCACAACCACGACCACGUGGCAAGUCGGUCCGCGGAAGCUUGGGUCGCUCGACCCCGCGAGCAUUGGGCGGGUCGGUCCGUGGAGGCUUGGAUAGCUCGAGCCCGCGAGCACUGGGCAGCUCGGUCCCUGCAGACUUAGAUAGCCCAAGCCCACGAGCACCGGGCGGGUCGGUCCCUGCAGACUUAGAUAGCUCGAGCCCGCGAGCACUAGGCAGCUCGGUCCAUGGAGGCUUGGAUCACUCAAGCCCGCGAGCACCAGGUGACUCGACCCAACAAGGUUUUGGCCACGGCCAUUCUCCCCUUGGUGGCAUGGAUAUGACACUCACCAACCAGGGGGACAUUCCAACCGUCCUGGAAGAAGAUAUUUUCAGCAACUUUAUUUGGAAUGAAUAUUUUAGCAAAAAUCCAUUGUGAACUGCUGUGAAUUCAGUGUAUUCUUUUACUCCUCUGUGUUUGUUGAAUUUUAAGUUUGUUAUUCAUUUUGUUUAGUGGCAUAUCACAUAUCAGUACCAUGCUUCAUCACUGAUGAUGGUAACUCUAGAAACUCUCAAACUUGGUUCUAAG